CGAUCACAUUCAUCAAUCUUCAGCUGCUUCUUUCCUCAACCUCCUACCAAACAUUCCAUAUUGAAACUUGACGUCGUGAAAUACCAAUGCCACCAUAAAUAAAUACAUCACAGAAAACCCGGGACACGCCCACCAUGGAAUUCAUGCUCGCCUCGCGGCACACCUUCGACGAGGGCAAGCCGUCGCUCUUCGAGCUGCUCUCGGAACAGCAUCUCUCGUCUCUGCUCCCGCCGACGCUGCGCUACCUGCUGACGGUGCUCACGCACCGGUACCCGCGGCACCUGCUGCGCGUGCUCAACUCGUUCGACGAGCUGUACGCGCUGCUCGCCCUCGUCGUCGAGCGCCACUACCUGCGCACCCGCGGUGGCUCCUUCACCGAGCACUUCUACGGCCUCAAGCGCGAGAAGUCCCUCGCCGCCGAGAUCCCGCGCGCGUCGGCCGCCGCGCCCGGCGCCGUGCGCGACGCGCUCCGGCUAAGUUCGGGGGAUGUGUGGCGCAACCUGGCCGUCGUGGUCGGCGUGCCGUAUCUCAAGAGGAAGCUUGAUGAGGCGUACGAGGUGGAUGCGCCGCGGGCGAUGCUGGGCGCCGCGUACAACCGCGCGCCGGGCGCCGGGGCCACGUGGCGGGAGAGGUUCGUGUAUUGGGCGCGAUGGUUCCUGCGGAACGUCUACCCCAGCGUCAACGCCGCGUAUUACUUUGCGCUGCUGGCGUUUAAUCUGGCGUAUCUGUUCGACAACUCCAAGUACCACAACCCGUUCCUGUGGCUGAUCGGGACGCGGGUCAGGAGGAUGAACGGCGCGGAUUACCGGGCGAUCGAGGCGCUGGAGGAGAAGGUGGCGAAGCGUGGCGCGAGCAGGACGCUCGGGGCGCGGUUGCUGGCAGGGUUGUCGCUGGUCCUGCCGACGAGCAUAUUCGCGCUCAAGUUCCUGGAGUGGUGGUAUGCGUCGGACUUCGCGAAGCAGCUGUCGAGGAAGGCGGCAGAGAGUUUGGACCUGCCGCCGCCCGUAGUGACGGGGCUGCCGGACGGGCCGAAGAAGGCCCAGGAGAAGGAGAAGGGCGCGCUUGAAGGGGAGGAGGUGGAGCUGAGCGAAGAGGAGAAGGAGAGGCGGGCAGUGGAGAAGGCGCCGAUUGCCGCGUCGUCUCUUUUACCCAUCUAUACGGUCCCCGCUCCAGAAGACUCGGAACAAUGCCCUAUAUGCGAAGGCGAGAUCACCACGGCGACCGCAUGUCAAACGGGAGUCGUCUACUGCUACACCUGCAUCCACAAGUGGCUUACUGGAACACACCCGAGGCAAGAGAAGUUCAUGGCUACGAGGACGGGGAAGUGGGAAAGCGGCGAGGGCAGAUGCGCCGUCACCGGGGGGCGUGUCUUAGGCGGGACCGAGGGGCUAAGACGGAUCAUGGUCUGA